CCCCUUCUUCUCACCCUUUCCUCUCCUCCCCCAAAUUGCCGCCUCUCCUCUCCUCUCCUCCGCCACUGACGGGAAGCAUGCCGCGGAUCACCUCCGUGGAGAGCCCCGGCUGCCCGCCGCUGCGCGCCAUCACCACCGACAUCCUCGGCCUCGUCAAGGUCGUUGAGGCCCGCGCUAGGCCGGCGGGCGUCGCCAAGGUCGUCGAGACGUGGGGCGAGCCCGACGCCUCCAGGGCCAUCCUCGUCGCCUCCCUCGCCGACCGCGCCGUCGACCCCGUAUUAGCUCUGGCGAGGAAGAACGGUGUGGUUGAGCUGCUAAAUCCCCUGAAUGGGGAUUCUCUCGCUGUUGUCAAGGCCUCUGGGCAAGAGCAAACCGACGGAGCUGUGGAAAAUGACCCCAUAGUCGCGCUUCACCUAUUCAAAAAACAUGCGCCAGACUUGUCCACGCUAGGCACAUUUCUUGCUUGUACUGAGAAGGGCAAGGCAAGCGUGAGAUCUGUCGCAAAGGAAAACACGGCGUCCGCCUCGGAUGUGGGCCCAUCAAGCACAUGGGAUGUGUGCAGCACCGGUAAAUUGCAGUUUUCUUCUCUGGAUGCUGGCGAAAACUAUGCAAUGUUCGGAGGGAAUGGUAUGGAAGUGAACUUGUGGGAUAUCACAUCUUGUAGUAAGAUAUGGUCUGCUAAAUCUCCUCGAGGUAACAGCCUUGGUAUAUUCACCAAACCUUGGUUCACUGCUGGAACUUUCUUGUGCAAGGAUGAUCACCGUAAAAUUGUAGCCUGCACAAAUAAUCAUCAGGUUCGCUUAUACGAUACGUCUUCACAAAGAAGACCUGUUAUUUCAGUUGAUUUUAGGGAGUCGCCCAUCAAGGCAGUUGCUGAGGAUCCGGAUGGACAUACUGUCUAUAUUGGGACAGGAACAGGAGACCUUGCUUCCUUUGACAUGAGAACAGGAAAACUAGUCGGAUGCUAUGUUGGUAAAUGCAGUGGCAGUAUUAGAUCGAUAGUUAGGCAUCCGGAGCUGCCUCUGAUAGCAUCAUGCGGAUUGGACAGCUACUUGCGAAUCUGGGAUACAAAUACAAGACAGCCGCUUUCUGCAGUCUAUCUCAAGCAGCACCUCACAGCCGUGGUUAUUGAUUCACACUUCUCAACUGAAGAAUCUGAGGAGACUAAAUCCAAGCAGCCAGAUCCUUCAAUGGUUGCUGAAGCUACAAUCAGAAGGGAAAAGAAGAAAAAGAAGAAUAUAUAUGUUGAAGAAGAUGAUGAAGGUACUCAAGUCGUCGAUGGUGAUAACAAUGAUGACGAAACAGUAAGAAAGGAGAAAAAAAAGAAGAAAAUGGUUGCAGAAAAUGAUGAAGGAAUUCGAAUAGCAUGCCCUGAUGACGCUGAUGCUGAAACAGUCAAAAAGGAGAAGAAGAAGAAAAAGAAAAGUAGAAGGGUUGCAGAGGAAGAGGAAGGAACUCAGUUGGCUGACCCUGAUGACAGUGAUGCUGAAAUGCAUACCACAAAGAGAAUAAAAUCUGGCGAAAAAAGCAAGGGCAAGAAAAAGAAAAGCAAGAAGCAACAAGUUGCCUAGACAUUUCUCGUGCUGGAUUAUUCAUCUCUGACCAUGGUGAUUGCCUUUAGUGAAUCAGUAGAAGGAUGGCUUUACAAGUUCGGUAUGACUUGUUUGUAUUUUUGUCUUGAAAUAUUUGCCUACUGUUUUGUGAUAUUACUAUAAGCGUCUUAAAAAUGGCUGGCAUACAAUCAUCUGAUUUUUGCAUUCUCAUGUUUUUCUGUAAUGAAAUAACAAGUACCUAGUUGAGUGUGAACAAUGUUCUUGUUGGUGUAGUGAGAUUAAUGCAAUUUAUUCCUUGACA